AUGGAAAGAUUGUUACACAACAUUGAAGGCUCCCUUAAAAAGGCGGACCCGAGGUACCAUAUCUCUGAACUGAAGUUUCUAGUCUGUAACAAGGGUCAGGGUUUUGUCAAGAAGAAAGGAGCCUAUCUAAAGGAGAUCAUUUCAUCAAGAUCGAUGUGCCUUACCGCUACAGGAAGUGCCAAUACCCGGGUUGUAAAACAGUACUUCAGUGGCAUGAUGAAAAGGAUCCUUUCCAAAGAGCGUACAACGUCGGAUGCGGAAAAUGCCACUGUUGAGCCUGAAAAGAUGGAAAGAUUGUUACACAACAUUGAAGGCUCCUUUAAAAGGGCGGACCUGAGGUACCAUAUCGCUGACCUGAAGUUUUCAGUCUGUAACAAGGGUCAUGAUUUUAUCAAGAAGAAAGGAGCCUAUCUAAAGGAGAAUCAUUUCAUCAAAAUCGAUGUGCCUUACCGCUACAGAAAGUGCCAAUACCCGGGUUAUAAAACAGUACUUCAGUUGCAUGAUGAUAAGAAGUCCUUCUAA